AACGAAUCUCUUCCGUACAUUUGUUCCGCACAGCCGCUGAGAUCUCUCCACGUCUGUGUUUCAUUCCCUCCCAAGUCUCUUCCAAUGCACUGACGAAAAGGAAAUAGAAAAUGGAGAAUAUCUCCAAACCGCCUCGAUCGACAUGAAUUCACUUUCCUCCAUUAGUAUAAUCAUUCCAUCUCACGCGUCCCAAUGUGAAUUCACAUGUAAAGCUUCUCGCACAUUAGACCCUAUUCAUAUCACCGAAUCGUAGUUUUGCCCGAGACAAAAAAGCGGAUCCCCAGUUCGUUUACAGACACAAAGUUGGGAACUUUUGUGUAGUAUCCAUUGUCUGAUUGAUCCAAGGUACAGGAUGAUGUCUAUGCUUCAGACACAAGAUUUCAGGGAAGAGCUAUGGAAAUUUGUCGGAGAGAGCAAGGGUCGGGGACAGAGUUCAGACUCGGGUUUCGGUUUUCUCCAAAGUGGGUCCGCGGCUCCGACCGUGGAGAGAUCGCUCAGCUCGAACAAUGGCGUCUUCAAGGGCUCGCCUUUCCUGGGUCGCAAAAACCGUCUCGAAGAUAGCGUUUGGUCUAGUCCGGCGAACAUGAAUCCGAGGUUGUCCCCUCCGUCGAUGUCCAUGGAGGAAUGGGGAUUUGCUCAGUCUCCCUUUGAUGGCGGAUGGAAAGGAGAUGGCUUGAUUGGACUGGGAAGUGAUAAGAGGCUGACAGAGACGAUUCAGGAUGAUACUUGGACGCAUCUUCCUCAUCUAACUUGUCAGAGUUCAUUCGAUGUCAGUUUAGAAAGUUCUGAAUCCAGGUUCUGUCGUCAGAAUCAUGGUUCGUCCUAUGCCUGCGGAUCUUAUGAUUUCUUGUCAGGAAAUGCCCCUCCAAAUCCGAAUGGAAUAGCUGAAUCAGAUGAACUAGCUUCGAAAUUCUUCGACCUGAAUUUAUCACAAAGCCACACAUUGCUCAAGGGGAAUCCCUUAUGGCCACAUCCUCGAUUUGAAACUGGCAAUCUUCAUAACCCCUUUAAUCAUCUCCAAGGGACAGGACACAGCAUUUGGAUGGAUGAAGGGCCUAUUGAGCAUAACCAAUCUGGUUUUUCAGAUACCGAUUCUUACCGGAGAGUACCCUCCCGAAGAUCUAAUGGAUUCUCUGUGAAUCCAUCAUUAUCUCCUUCUGUGGUGGCAUACCGUCAAGGAAAUUGCAAUGAAACUGGAUCAGUGGCUUUAGGAUCAGAUCUGAGUCCCGGUGGUUCAUACUUGGACUUUGUAGAGAGAGCUUAUGUAGAGGCGAUGAUAGAACAACGUCAAAUGCAUUACGGUUUUCCCCUCUUCGGGAAAUCUGGUUGCCGAUAUCACGGGAGUCCGGCUUCAGGUCAUACUGCAGAUUAUCAGAGGAUGCACUUCUCUACUGGACCGGGAAAAACGUCAAACUGUUUUGUACAACCUAGGAAUGUGGAUAACGAGGUUAACCUUGAUGAAUGUUUCGCAUCUGCUUUACUUGACGGGUUUAAAGGCCAUAAAACCAAGAGCCUAGAACUCUCGGAAAUCGCAGGCCAUAUUGCUGAAUUUAGUUCUGAUCAAUACGGGAGCCGAUUUAUUCAGCAGAAACUUGAGACAGCUACCGUAGAAGAGAAAGACAGGGUUUUCGAUGAAAUCGUGCCCAAAGCCCUGCCACUCAUGACUGAUGUGUUUGGUAAUUAUGUGAUACAAAAGUUUAUGGAGCACGGAACUCCGGCACAGAGAAGACAGCUAGCUGACAAGCUGAUAGGCAAUGUCUUGUCUCUCAGCCUUCAGAUGUACGGUUGUCGGGUAAUUCAGAAGGCAGUAGAGGUGGUUGAAAUGGAUCAGAAGAUCGAAAUGGUGAAGGAACUAGAUGGGCAUGUAAUGAGGUGUGUCCGUGAUCAAAACGGGAAUCACGUCAUUCAGAAAUGCAUCGAAUGCGUACCAGAGGACUCGAUCCAAUUCGUUAUCUCGGCUUUCUACAAUCAAGUCGUUGCACUUUCCUCUCAUUCCUACGGUUGUCGUGUCAUACAGAGAAUUCUCGAGAACUGUCGCGAGGAGAAAACGCUGCGUAUAAUAAUGGAUGAGAUCCUGAGUUCUGUCUGCGAGUUGGCUCGGGACCAGUAUGGGAAUUACGUUGUUCAGCAUGUUAUUGAGCACGGAAAACCGCAUGAACGCUCCGCUAUUAUCGCCAAACUAACCGGGCAGACUGUUCAGAUGAGCCAGCAGAAGUUUGCAUCUAAUGUCGUAGAAAAGUGCCUGACUUUCGGAAAUUCUGCUGAACGCAGAACCAUCGUUAAGGAGAUGCUCGGCUCCAUUGACGAGAACGAGCCUCUUCAGGAAAUGAUGAAAGAUCAGUUCGGAAACUACGUUGUCCAGAAAGUUCUGGAAACGUGCGAGGAUCGGCAGCUCGAGCUCGUCCUCGACAGGAUAAAGCUUCACUUGAACGUUUUGAAGAAAUACACUUACGGAAAGCAUAUAGUUGCGCGUGUAGAGAAACUCGUUGCAGCUGGAGAACGGAGGAUAAGUGUUCUUGGUUUGAGCUCAUCAUAGAUCCAGCAACCGGAAGAGACAACGAAGAAUAAACCCCGAAGAUAACAAGUUUUCGAUCUAUAGAUCCCGAGCCCGAGUGAGAAGGGAAGGUUUUUUUCAAGUUCCUGAAUCUCUGGAGGUAGGAUGAACACGAAGUUUUGAAGCUGUAAAAGCAGAAACACAAUGAAAUUUAUCAAUAAACUCAAGUUCCAUAGAAUUUCUAUA